AUGAGCAAGCAAAUAGACGAGCUACGUUCUUCGCAAAACCAGCAAACUGAAGAACUCGGUAGCAAAAUCAACGCACUCGAAGCACUCAUCGAAAAGUACUUCGCUAACGCUCCACCCCCGCAACGCGACGGUAAACAAACAGACGCAAGUUCUGAUAUUACGGAUGGAACACCGCAAGCUAAGGCUCCACCAGACCGUUCCAAUCCAGAGAACAGUUCCUUUAAACCUCACGACAACAAUAACCCACCCAUCCAUCAUAGCCUAUCCGCAAGGCUAACAAAGAUUGGCUUUCCAAUGUUUGACGGCUCCGAACUACGAGAAUGGACCUACGGCUGUGAACAGUUCUUCUCCAUCGACAGCACCCCACCGGAAUUGAAGGUUCGUCUUGCAUCUCUUCAUAUGACGGGAAAAGCACUACAAUGGCAUCACUCUUACCUUGCCAAUCGAUACAACAUCUUUUCAUUAUGGCCAGAAUAUGUUGCUGCGAUCUCCGAUCGUUUGAGUGAGCUUUACGACGAUCCAUUAGCAGAGUUGGUAAGCUUGAAACAAGGAAACGAUACCAUCGAUGUGUAUCUAGAUAAAUUUGAUUGCGCCAUGACCAGAAUCACGCUUGCGCCGGAUCACGCAUUGAGUAUAUUCUUGACAAACAUGAAUCAACAUCUAGCUCUUCACGUGCGCCAAUUCAAGGUCAGUACAGUACCUGAAGCCGCAAAGAUAGCCAAACUACACGAGCUCUCCCUCUCACAUAUGCCAACAAAGACAUCGCGCCCCCCAUUCAACUCUUCUCAACGAUCAAACUACUCCCAACCCAAUAAAAGCCAAAACCACAACUCCACCUCCCCUACUACUACCGCCAAUCCAAACAACAAACCCCUCAUUGCGAAUGCUCCUCAAAAAUGGCUUUCUUUUGACGAGAUGCAGGAGCGCAAACGUAAAGGAUUAUGCAUGUUCUGUGAAGAACCGUUUACACCAGGUCACCACCUUAAGCAUAAGCGCGCUGAAUUUUUGUUCUUGGACUUAGACGCUGAGACAGAAUUUGACGACGAGAUUGCACUAGUGGAGCAAAUCCGUGAGACAACCAUAAGCGACGAUGAUGACAAAGUUCCAACUAUCUCCGUCCACGCCCUCAACGGUGCGCCAACUUUCAACUGUAUGCGCCUCGUCAGGAAAUACGAGAAACGUAAACUACAUAUACUGAUUGAUCCAGGGAGCACACACAACUUCUUGGACAUCCAGAUGGCUAAGGGAUUAGGUUGUUCUUUGACACCAAUCAAACCAAUGUCAGUUGUUGCAGCAAGUGGCGACUUGGUUACUAAGUACAAGUGCAGCUCUUUUGCUUGGAAGAUGCAAGGCUACGGGUUCACAGCUGAGAUUCGAACCUUACCACUAGGAUGCAGUGAUCUCGUCCUGGGGGUUCAAUGGCUUUCCACCUUAGGACCAAUCCUAUGGGAUUUCCUAAACCUUCGUAUGGAGUUCAAAUUCAACGAGCUAAAACAUGUCUUACGUGGAAUAUCACCCAACAGCUCAAAAUUAAUUUCUGGAAGCAGCUUUAACAAACUGAUGUUGCAAGAUCCACAGCUUGCUCUACUCCAUCUUCGCGAGAUUGACGAAACUACAGAGCAAGAACCCCUUGAACCGGAAACAAUUUUCUGUCAUAUUGAAGCGAGUGAAACAGAGAACGACAAUUCCGGUUCACUCGAGAGACUCCUUGAUUCAUACACGGACGUAUUUGAUGAGCCGUCGACCUUACCUCCUUAUCGCGCGGGUUUCAAUCACAAAAUACCAUUGGAAGCAGGAUCAAAUCCUGUGAAUCUCCGACCAUAUCGAUACUCUUCGAUACAAAAGGAUUCAAUAGACAAGAUGAUUCAAGACAUGCUUUCUCAAGGUAUCAUUCAGUACAGUGCAAGUCCCUACGCUUCACCUAUUGUACUUGUGAAAAAGAAAGACGGGUCUUGGCGGCUUUGUGUCGACUACAGAGGUCUCAAUAAGCAAACGAUCAAAGACAAAUACCCCAUCCCACUACUCGAAGAUCUCCUUGAUGAAUUGGGCGGCUCAAAGUACUUCUCUAAACUGGAUUUACGUGCAGGUUUCCACCAGCUUUGUAUGUCUCCAGAAGAUGUGCACAAGACAGCUUUUAAAACACAUUCAGGCCACUACGAAUAUUUGGUAAUGCCAUUCGGCCUCACAAACGCACCUUGCACGUUUCAGGGGCUUAUGAAUCACGUAUUCGCACCCGUUCUACGAAAGUUUCUCCUUGUUUUCUUCGACGAUAUAUUAAUCUACAGCAAGACCUGGGAGGAGCACCUGGAUCACUUGGACAAGGUUCUUGCUAUACUUCGCCAUCAACAACUCUAUCUCAAGAAAUCAAAGUGUACUUUUGGAGGAACGAGAAUCGAAUACCUUGGUCACUUUAUUUCCCAUGAUGGCGUUAGUACUGACCCAACCAAGAUAAAGGCAGUCGAGGAAUGGCCACAACCGAAGCACCAGAAACACCUCCGCAGCUUCUUAGGUCUAGCCAAUUACUAUCGAAGAUUCAUACAAGGGUACAGCAUUAUCGCUCGACCCCUUACCAUCAUGCUUCGCAAAGACGGUUUUGCUUGGAAUACAGAGGCUUCAGACGCGUUCCAUCUCCUCAAACAAGCAUUAAUCUCGGCCCCGGUCCUUGCACUCCCCGAUUUCUCCAAGACUUUCAUCGUCGAAACCGACGCUUCCAACACUGGCAUAGGCGCAAUUCUUAUGCAGGACAAUCACCCAGUGUGCUACAUAAGUCGUGCAUUAGGGCCUCGACACCAAGGCCUUUCUGUUUACGAGAAGGAACUCCUUGCUGUGGUCCACGCAGUACAGACUUGGAACCCUUACUUGGCUCACAACAAUAUAAAGAAGGCAAGGAAAACGUCGCUGCAGAUGCUUUAUCUAGAGUCUCCGAUCAUUACCGACCUGCAAAACAAACCUGGGUCUCACGCCGCGUACUCCUUUGUCAACGGAGAACUUCGCCGCCGGGGUAAACUUGUGGUUGGUAACGACCCUGCUAUCAAACUUCAUAUCUUCAAGUGGCUUCAUGAUUCUGCUGUAGGUGGUCACUCGGGUCGAGAUGCAACACUACACCGCAUCAACUCGUUGUUCUUUUGGCCAAAGAUGAGCUUGGAGCCGUUACCGGUUCCUACGGGUGUAUGGGAGUCUGUGAGCCUUGACUUUAUCGAGGGUCUACCACCAUCAUCAGGAAAACAUUGCAUUCUCGUCGUUAUUGAUCGUUUAAGCAAGAAUGCUCACUUUCUCGCCUUGUCUCAUCCGUACACUGCAAUGGACGUGGCAAAGCUAUAUAUGGAUCAGGUCUUUCGUCUUCAUGGGAUGCCUAAAGACAUUACAAGCGAUCGUGACCCAACGUUUCUCAGCGAGGUUUGGAGAGAGAUGUUCCGCGUUCAUGUGUCGAUUUAA